UUAUGCAAAAAUGGCUGGAUCGAUGAGCUUAGCGUCAAAGUGCCGAUUCAAAUGUGCGAAAAAUCGAUUCCCUGCGUGUACGACGCGAUGGGCAAGCAUUACAGUUUGACUGACUCACUCCACUCGGCUCGCGGCAUGACUGCAACUCGCAGUUGGCACUCGCGUCCUCCCGACCAGCCGUUGACUCUGGUCGAAUACAUGCCACUUACCGACGGGCUCACGACCGCACCGGUCGGCAGGUGCAACUCAGCCCAGACAAACGAGUCAAUGGCUUGGGCACGAGAUGCAAAACCGCUUCAGCUCCCUCUAAAAUGCAGACAGAAAAAGGGGCUCAAUGAAGAAGCAUGUCAUCGUGCCGCAAGCGAGACGGCCAAUGCUGUUACAACAUUUCAUCUGGUCUGCAGAGAAUGCUCGAGAAAAUUUGGCAAAAGACUAAAACGCAUUCAAACCGGCGCCAAAUGUGAUGCUGCCGACCUUCGCCGGAAGCUGGCCCCGGCUUGA